CGGCGGAGGAGGAGGCUGCCAGCUGAGGGGGGUGGCCGAUUCCCGGAGAGGGCUUUCCUUUCACUGUCCGAAUAAUCACAUACGUGACGGCGGCGUCUGAAAUAAACAUAAAGGCAUCGUACGGCAUGAUGCCCGCCGCCGCACGAAGCCUUCCGCGGGGCCUGUGAGAGCCGGCCGGGUUCCCAGCGCCGCAUUCUUCGGGGGAUUCUGCUGUGUGAGUCCGUCCGUGCUGACCCCAGACACCGCCAGGCGAUGACAGCGGCUCCAGCCACUCCGCAGGGGAUGAGAGACCGGCUGCUACAGGCCAUCGACGGCCAGAGCAAUCAGAUAUGCAACAUGGUGGUAGUUAUGGAGGUCAUCUCUUUCCUGGAGAAAUAUCCCAUCACCAAAGAGGCACUGGAGGAAACUCGUCUUGGUAAGCUCAUCAAUGAUGUCCGGAAGCAAACCAAGAAUGAGGACCUGGCAAAGCGGGCCAAGAAGCUGCUGCGAAACUGGCAGAAGCUAAUUGAGCCCAGGAAGGGUGAGGUGUUGUCCAAGAACCACACCGGUGCAUCAUGGUCUUCCAACGGCGGUGCUCAUCCCUGUGUCUCCUCUCCAGCUGCCACCAUGCCUUCAGGUAAAACCGUCCCAGAGCUGAAGAACAGAAAUGACUUCAACAACUGUCGCUCGCCAAGGAUGGAGAAACCAAACAGGAAGCGAAAGGGCGACCAGAAGGAAGGCCAGAUCGUACCAGCCAAGUUAUCCAAAAAGACUCUUAAUGAUCAAAUGCAGAACUCCAAACAGCUGUCAACCAACUGUGUGGGUGGCUGCUCAGAUUUUUUUACUGACACUCAUGUACAUACUUCAGAUAAGGAGAUAUCAGAGCCUGUGGACAAUGGCCGCCUAAACAAAAUCCCUGUCAAUGCUGUAAAACCUCAUCCAAGUGCCCUGGGAUUCAACAAGCCCCCGAGCACUUCUUUGUUGCUGAAAGCAUCCGUUCUGCAGCAGCAGCAGGCUGCCUCUGGGGGGCAGUAUCGACCGAGAAGUCCUCGGUGUUCCUUGCACAGUCCUAAAACUCCAAAGCAGGAAGCUGGUGUUAAACUACAGACUACAGCACAAGCACAAAAUCUGUCCAGUCCCGCUGUAAGACCCGGGUCUGUGGACACUCCUGGGCUGGGGUCUUCCUCUCAGCCUCUAAAUGUUCAGGGUUUGCACACAGAUGAUCUGCGGUUGGCAGAUACAGAUUCUCAAAGCGGACAUCUUCACAACUUAAACCCCUCGUCCUGCAGUGAAGAUGACAACGCAGUCAGUAAUACAGGGAAAAGAAAAAAGAAAUACAAGCCUAAGGACUACACGGUAAAUCUGGAGGAUGAAACGGUAGAAGAGGGUGUUAAAAAAGUCAGGUUAAAAGACAGACAGCUGACAUUUGAUCCCGUCACAGGGCAGAUCAAAUCCUCCUUCCACAGGGAGUCUUACCAGGACGUGGAGGUCAAACAUGAAGGUCAGUGGUCAGAACAUCCGAAGCCGAACCCACAGAUCACUCCCAGUCCGUUCCAGCAGACGGACUGGAAAGAGCUGUCUAGGAGUGACAUCAUCCAGUCUUACCUGAGCCAGCAAAGCAGCGUGCUGACAUCGUCUGGUGCCCACACACCCGGCGCACAUUUUUUCAUGACCGAAUUCUUGAAAAAAGAGGAACAUCGAGGUAAAGACGACAAAAAGACGUUGGUGUUGGCGCCAGACCCCCCGGUCAGAGACAUACCAGGGGUCAGCAGGGAGGUCAGCGCUGAAGACCUGGACAGGUUACACAAACAACACUGGCCUGGGGUUAACGGCUGCUUCGACACCAAGGGGAACUGGUACGACUGGACAGAGUGCAUCUCCUUAGAUCCUCACGGCGACGAGAGCAGGUUGAAUAUACUGCCGUACGUCAGUCUGGAUUGAAACUGAUGAUGGGUUUCUACAUUUUAAGAAGACGUCCUCAUCUCUGGGAGUCAAAGUGAAAGCUGCUGUUGUGAACAUGAUAUUAAUGUGCUGCCUGCUGGGCUGCGUGUGAAUAACCAAUCAGUGUUUUUAUGAGAUUUCAACUUUUUGUGAGGUCAGCAUCAAGGGAAACGGCUAUGCAUAAUAUGACAAUUUGUUUAUGUUCAGGACAUGAGCAUAUUGCGUUUUUAUAGAUGUACACAAGACCAGAGGAGACGUUACAUCAUACUGCACAGCCCGAUUUCUAAAUAUUCCCUCAUGAGCACAGGCCUCGUGGAAGUAAAUUGAGUGUUUUUGUUUGAUUUAGCUCCAAGCAUUUCUCAAAAUAAGUUAAACUUUGGCUCAAUCAGUGCCAUCACCUGAUCCUAGCCAGGUGUAGGCAGCAUAACCAAUCAGAGCAGAGAUCAAGCAUCAAAUGUCAGGAAACAUUUGUUCAGGUCCCCAUUAGCUGUGGCCUAAAGCACAGAGAGUCUUCCUGGGGUCCACAUUUACAUGCAUAUGCAUUAGAACACACUCAGAUGUUUCAUACACUCAUUAGACAUUAUAAUCCUCACAAAUUAGCACAUUUAAAAUCCUACUGGAUACAAUAACAUGUAAAACAUAAACAGUACAUGAGAGCAAGACUUCAUGCUUGUUACAGUUUCUAAGUUUUACUGAUGCACAAUUUGGUGAAAUGUCUGCGUUGAAAUGCUGUUUGCACACGGUGACUUUUAGGACAAAGAAUCACUGAAACAUCAUUUGAAUUUGUGUUUCGUGUCUUGAGGUUUUAACGUCUCUAAAUAAAGUCACAUGAAACCGAUGUGACUGUGCAGUUGGAGAUGGAGGCUCAUUGAGCUGGAACAUGUGGUUAAUGCCCCGUCCACACUAAUGCAGAUGUUUAGUAAAAAAGUUUAUUUCUCUACAUCCACAUGUAAAUGGCGUUUUAGGUCACAAAAAGAUUUUUAAAGUACUUUCCAAAGUGUAUAUUUUCUAAACUCCAGUUUGUAUGUUCAUGAAAAAUGUAGAAAUUGUUAAUCAAUGGCGUCACUGCCCAUUUUGCUCAAGUCUAUUAUGUGUUUGUGAUGAAGCUGCACCUGAAACAUCAAACCCAGGUGUAUAAAUCAGUGCAUGACCUGCAGUAGAUUGAGCACUGAUACCUUUGGGAGAUGGACCGGAGCAGCGUUAUGGACAAAUCCACAUCAUGGAAAAAAUAUUCUUCCACAACCAACACUUAAGCUAACACAAGUUUACAACUGAACUACACCCCCAUGACAGAUGAAAGCCUUUGAAUCGGCUACAUCCAGUAUUAGCCACUGUGUCCACAGGUUGGACAACAACCAAUUUGGUUUGUCUGAGACACUGGACACGUUUGGAGGUGUCUUGUGUAUUUUGUGAAAUGGAGAGAGAAUAUAUCCGUUUGGAAAAAUAUUGUUGGUGUUGACGGGGCAUAAACCAGGCUGUUGUGUAUGAUAUUUAUUUACAUUUCAAUGUUCAUUUUCAGAUUUGAUACGUGUUUAGACUACAGUCGAUCCUUUUCUUCUAUUUCUGUAUUCAGAAUUGGUUUUGUGAUGCAGCUGCAACAUUCCAAACUUUCCCUGCUGAAACAUCAGGACAACUCUCCAAAAUGCACAUUUUUAAAACGUGAUCUGUUUUGUAUUUGGAUUUUCCUUUAACUGUGCAUUUAGUUGUAAAAUAUACACAAGGAGGCAGAGCUUUGUACUGUUGGGAAGAACUCAAAUGAACACAGGAUGGAUUUUUGUGGAUAAAGAACUUACUGUCAUUCCUUUAGAUAUUGUUUGCCUUAUGGAAACCUGUGUUUUCCCUGAAGACAGAGCCUUAGUGAAUGUACAGAAUUUAGCCUUUUGUGUUCAUCUGAAUGCAGAAGAGAACAUAUUUGUUACUUAGUCCUUUUAAGUGGACAUGUUGAUAUGUGUUAAUAAAAAACAAUUGCAGAAAUCA